AUGGAUCUGUCAAAGCUUGGAGAAGCUGCAGCCUUCCUCAGGAGAAGUGAAACUGACUUGCUUUUGAUACCAGCCAUGGAUUUUGAUGGAAAGAAGAAAUGCUGGGUUUGUGAUGGGAAGAAUUCCUACAUCGAAGCUGAGGUUAAAGGGAGUGAAGAAGAUGGAAAAAUUAUUGUUGAGACUAAGGAUGGAAGGAGUCUGAGCAUCAAGCAGGACAGCAUCCAGCAGAUGAAUCCUGAAAAGCUUGACAUGACUGAAGACAUGGCAAUGCUGACUCACCUCAACGAAGCAUCUGUGCUGCACACCCUGACGCGGCGCUAUGGCCACUGGCUGAUCUAUACGUAUUCAGGUCUCUCCUGUGUGACCCUAAACCCUUACAAGUGGCUUCCAGUGUAUCAGAAAGAAGUCCUGGCUGCCUACAGAGGGAAGAGGCGCUCAGAGGCUCCUCCUCACGUCUUUGCAGUUGCUGAUAAUGCCUUUCAGGUUAUGCUUCACAAUCGUGAGAACCAGUCUAUACUGUUGACAGGAGAGUCUGGUUCUGGGAAGACUGUAAACACCAAAUACAUUAUCCAGUAUUUUGCCACCGUGGCUACCAUGAGUGCAUCCAGGAGGAAGCUGGGGACUUUAAAAGAUCAAAUCAUGCAAGUGAAUCCUAUCUUGGAAGCGUUUGGAAAUGCCAAAACUCUAAGAAAUGACAAUUCUUCUCGCUUUGGAAAAUUCAUCAGGAUGCACUUUGAUGCCAGAGGCACGCUGUCAUCCGCAGACAUUGAGACCUAUUUGUUAGAAAAAUCCCGAGUGAUUUACCAACUGCCUGGGGAGAGGAACUAUCACAUAUUCUAUCAAAUUCUGUCUGGAAAAAAAGAACUUCAAGACAUGCUCCUGGCAUCUGCAAAUCCCUGUGACUUUCAUGUUUGCUCCUGUGGCGUAGUUGCUGUGGAGAGCUUGGAUGAUGCUGAAGAACUGUUGGCUACAGAACAAGCCAUGGACAUCUUGGGUUUUCUUCCUGAGGAGAAGUGUGGGUGCCUUAAACUCAUUGGAGCCAUCAUGCAUUUUGGAAAUAUGAAAUUCAAACAAAAACCCAGAGGAGAGCAACUGGAAGCAGAUGGCACAGAAAGUGCUGACAAAGCUGCUUUCCUCAUGGGCAUUAGCUCCUCUGAGUUGGUGCAAGGCUUGACUCGUCCUAAGAUGAAAGUUGGCAAUGAAUACGUUACCAAAAGCCAAAACGUGGAUCAGGUAAUCUCUGCUGUUGGUUCCCUGUCCAAAUCAAUAUAUGGAAAGUUGUUUCAGUGGCUGGUGGCUCGAAUCAACAGAGCUCUGGAUGCCAAGCUGUCAAAGCAGCUCUUCAUCGGCAUUCUUGACAUCACUGGUUUUGAAAUCCUUGAAUGUAAUAGCCUCGAGCAACUUUGCAUUAAUUUUGCCAAUGAAAAACUACAGCAGUUCUUUAAUCAGCACAUGUUUAUUCUGGAGCAAGAAAAAUAUAGGAAAGAAGGCAUUGACUGGGUGUCCAUUGACUUUGGUCUAGAUUUGCAAGCCUGCAUAGAUCUCAUUGAGAAGCCCAUGGGCCUCCUUUCCAUCCUUGAAGAGGAAUGUCUGCUUCCUAAGGCCACAGACUUGACUUUCAAGACAAAACUUUUUGACAACCAUUUUGGAAAGUCAGUUUAUUUCCAGAAGCCCAAGCCUGAUAAGAAAGAGAAAUAUGAAGUUCACUUUGAACUUGUCCAUUAUGCGGGAGUGGUGCCUUAUAACAUCAAUGGUUGGCUUGAAAAGAACAAAGAACUUCUUAAUGAAACAGUGGUGGCUGUGUUUCAGAAAUCUUCCAAUAGAUUCCUGGCAAGCUUUUUUGAAAAUUACACUGGUACUGACAGUGGUCUACAAUUUGGGGAGAAAAAACACAAGAAAGGCGCUUCAGUCCAAUUGGUUGCAUCUCUUCAUAAAGAAAACCUCAAUAGAUUGAUGAUUAAACUGAAAUCAACAGCACCUCAUUUUGUGAGAUGUAUAAAUCCCAAUAUGAACAAAAUGCCAGGCGUAAUAGACCCUUCCUUUAUCCUGCAGCAGCUGCGGUGUAAUGGUGUCUUGGAAGGGAUUAGGAUAUGCUGUGAAGGUUUUCCAAACAGAAUGCUGUAUGAUGAUUUUACACAAAGGUACCGUGUUCUGAACCCACGGAUCUUUUCAGAGAGCAAGUUUGUGAGCAACAAAAAAACAGCAGAAGAACUACUUGAUUCCUUGGAGACAGACCAUACUCAGUACCAAUUUGGAAUCACUAAGGUGUUUUUAAAAGCUAGCUUUUUUAGUCACUUGGAAGAAAAGAGAGAUGAGAGACUGUCCCAAGUCUUCACAUUAUUCCAAGCUAGAGCACUAGGCAAACUGAUGCGAAUCAAAUUCCAGAAGAUUCUCAAAGAAAGGGAUGCAAUUCUCUUGAUCCAGUGGAACAUAAGAGCAUUCAUUGCUGUGAAGAACUGGACCUGGAUGAAGCUCUUCUUCCAAACCAAGCCCCUUAUUAAGUCUCUGGGAGUGGGACAGGAAACAGCCAGGCUGAAGGAGGAGCAUGCACAGCUGCAGAAAGCCCUGGAGAAAUCAGAAUCUCAGAGAGAAGACCUGAAAGCAGAGCAAGCCUCCUUGAGCCAGGAAAAGCACGGCCUGCUGUGUCAGCUCCAGGCCGAGCAAGAGAACCUGGCAAAUGCUGAAGAGCAGUGCCAGUUGCUGAUUAAAUCCAAGAUCCAGCUGGAGGCCAGAGUCAAAGAGCUGUCUAGGCGGGUGGAGGAAGAAGAGGAGAUAAAUUCUGAGCUGACUGCCAGGGGGCGGAAACUCGAAGAUGAAUGUUUUGAGUUGAAGAAAGAAAUCGAUGACCUGGAAACAAUGUUGGCGAAGUCAGAGAAGGAGAAGCACGCCCAGGAGCACAAGGUCAAGAAUCUGACCGAGGAGCUGGACUCUCUGAAGGAGGAUGUGAGCAAACUUAACAGAGCAACCAAGGAUGCACAGGAAGCCUGUCAGCAGGCUCAGGACCACCUGAACACAGAGGAGGAGCGACUCAACAGCCUGAGCAUAGCAAAUCUGAAGCUGACACAGCAAGUAGAAGAGCUGGAGGGUACCCGUGAGCGGGAGAGGAAAGUGAGAAUGAACUGUGAAAAAGAAAAGCACAAGCUGAAGGAUGAUUUGAAGGUGACCCAGGAAAACGUGGAGAACCUGGAGCGCAGCCAGUGGCAGCUAGCGGAACAGCUGCGGAAGAAAGAAUUAGAAAUGGGUCAGAUGAAUUCAAAGGUUGAAAAUGAGAGAAGCCUGGUGGCUCAGCUCCAGAAGAUCAUUAGAGAGCUUCAGAAUCAGAUACAGAAUUUGAAGGAGAAGGUGGAAGAUGAAAAGAUCACUCGGGCCAGGGUAGAGAGAGAGAGAGACAACCUUGCCCGAGACCUAGAAGAUUUGAAUGAGAGGAUGAAGGAGGCUGGAGGAGCCAGUUUUUCUCAGCUGGACAUAACUAAGAACCAAGAAGCGAGAUUUCAGAAGCUUCACCAAGACAUGGAAAAGACCACACAGCACUAUGAGGCAAUGUCUGCCUCUUUGAAAAAGAGACAUGCAGUUAGCCUGGCUGAGUUCGAGGGCCAGAUAGAAAAUCUACAGCAGGUCAAGCAGAAACUGGAAAAAGAUAAGAGUGACUUACAGUUAGAAGUGGAUGACCUCCUGACCCGUUUUGAGCAGAUGACUAGAGCUAAGGUAAAUGCUGAGAAACUCUGUAGUCUAUAUGAAGUGCGCUUGAAUGAAGCAAAUGAAAAACUAGACGAAGUGACUUGGUUGGCAAGUGACCUGAAAGCACAGAAGACAAAGCUACAGAAUGAGAGUGGUGAGUUCUUAAAGAAGCUGGAAGAAAAAGAGGCUCUGUUAAAUCAGCUCUCUAGGGAAAAGAGUCACUUCACUCGGCAAAUUGAAGAACUGAGAGGUCAGCUAGAAGAGAAGACCAGAUCUCAGAGUGCACUGGCCCAAGCCCUGCAGUCAGCCAAGCAUGACUUUGACCUUCUACGAGAGCAGUAUGAGGAGGAACAGGAGGUCAAGGCUGAGCUACACCGGGCCCUGUCCAAAGGCAAUGCUGAAAUGGUGCAGCUGAGGAUGAAGUAUGAACAGGAUGCAAUCCAGAGAACUGAAGACUUGGAGGAGGCCAAGAAGAAGCUGACCAUUCGGUUGCAGGAGGCUGCUGAAGCCACACAGGUGGCCAAUGCCAGGAAUGCCUCCCUGGAGAGGGCCAGGCACCAGCUGCAGCUUGAGCUUGGGGAAGCCCUGUCUGACCUGGGGAAGGCCCGCUCGACAGCGGCUUCACUGGACCAGAAGCUGCGGAACUCUGACCAGGCCGUUGCCCAGUGGAGGCAGAAGCUCGAGGAAACCCAGGCCUUGCUGGAUGCCUCUCAGAAGGAGGCCCGGGCUCUCAGCGCCGAGGUCCUCAAGCUGAAGCACACCUGUGAGGAGAGUGCGGAGGGCCAGGAGAUGCUGAGGAGGGAGAAUGAGAGUCUCCAAGAGCAGAUUUCUAGUCUGACAGACAAAGUUAAAGAAGGGACCCGGAACUUAACUGAAAUGGAAAGAGCUAAGAAACUGGUUGAACAAGAGAAGAUGAAAGCUGAGGUGACACUGGAAGAAACAGAGGGAGCUCUGGAGCGGAAUGAAAGCAAGAUUCUUCGCGUCCAGCUUGAACUCUCGGAAACUAGAGCAGAACUUGAAAGGAAGCUUUCUGAGAAAGAGGAAGAAAUGGAAAAUUUUAGGAAGAAGCAACAGUGUGCUAUUGAUGCUCUGCAGUCUAGUCUGGAUUCUGAAGCUAGGAGCAGAAUUGAAGCUACCCGGCUAAAGCAGAAGAUGGAAGGGGAUCUAAAGGACAUGGAACUGCAACUCUGUUCUGCUAACCGCCAGGUGUCCGAGGCAACCAAAUCCUUGGUCCAGCUUCAAAGUCAAAUGAAGGAUCUUCAAGUGCAGCUGGAUGACAGCACACACCUGAACAGUAAUUUGAAGGAGCGGGUGGCUGUGGCUGAACGACGCAACUCUCUUCUUCAGUCUGAACUAGAGGAACUGAGGUCCUUGCAAGAGCAGACAGAGAGUGGACGCAAACUGGCAGAAAAAGAGCUCCUGGAAGCCACAGAUAGAAUCAAUCUUUUUCAUAUCCAGAAUACAAGCCUCCUCAGCCAGAAGAAGAAAUUAGAGGCUGAUGUUGCUCAGAUGCAAAAAGAUGCUGAACAGAUGGUGCAAGCAUGUCAAAAUGCAGAAGAAAAGGUCAAAAAAGCAGCCACAGAGGCAGCAAACAUGUCAGAGGAACUGAAGAAGGAGCAAGACACCAAUGCUCACUUAGAAAGGAUGAGAAAGAAUAUGGAGCAGACAAUUAAAGACUUACAAAAAAGGCUGGAUGAAGCUGGACAGACUGCCCUGCUGGGGAACAAAAAGCAAAUCCAGAAACUGGAAUCUAGGGUUCGUGAACUGGAAAGUGAGCUGGACCGGGAGGUGCGGCGCAGUGCAGAGGCCCAGAAGGAAACUCGAAGACUGGAAAGGGGCAUCAAAGAGCUGAACUCCCAGGCAGAGGAAGACAAAAAAGCUCUGAGCCGGAUGCAGACUGUGAUAGAUAAACUUCAGCUGAAAGUACAAAGCUACAAGCACCAAGUGGAGGCAGCGGAGACACAAGCCAAUCAAUAUCUUUCCAAAUAUAAGAAGCAGCAACAUGAGCUGAAUGAAGUGAAAGACAGGGCAGAGGCAGCAGAAUCUCAACUCAAUAAGCUCAAAAUUAAAGGAAGAGAGUUUGGAAGAAAGGUACAGUAA